CAAUAAAUUUAUUGUAAGAACAGAUAACACACAAGUAAAAUGGUGGAUAACAAAAAAGUUAGAUGAUUCAGUUACAACAAAGGAAAUAAGGAGAUUGGUAUUGAAUAUAUUAAAUUUUACAUUUACCAUUGAGGUAAUAAAAACUGACAAAAACAUGAUUGCAGACUACUUAUCAAGACAGAGUUACACAGCCAGGAAAGGAUAAUCUUAUGGAAAACAUACUCAAAACCCUAACUACACUUUGUACAAAAGUGGAUAGUAUGGGCUUGAGAAUUCAAAAGCUAGAAGAAAAUGUAGAAUCUACAAGUCAGCAGCAUAACUAUAAGCAUGCGGAGCUACGUCGUUCGGCAGACGAAAAACAGCGAGAGCUAGAAGGAGAAGUUGGGAAACUCCAGAAAACCCAUAAUAAUGUUUUUUCAGAUAUAACUGCAGGUACAAGUAAAAGAACUAGUGAAAAACCAAAGAACACAAACUUAAACCAGUUAUUUGCAAAACCAUUUACCCAAAAACCACAAAUGCAAAUACCAGCAGAACCACAAACAUCAACCUAUGCAGUAAGCCUACAAAAUGACAAAAAAAGAUAUAACUAUAUUACCCAAUCUUACAUUGAAAACAUAUACAAAAUCCAAACAUACCUUAACCUAAACCCAAGAUCUACACAAACAAAAAAUCCCGAAGAAGAUUAUAUAACCCAGAAACUACAAGGAUAUAACAAACUUAUUGCACAACCUAAGACCAACCCCAACCUAGUAAAAACAUGUUAUAACUACGGAUUACUAAAUACAGUAUACACAUAUACCGGAGAAGAGAUAGUCGAAAUACCAGAAUUACAUAGAGCAUUUCUGACAUAUAAAAGAAUUACCAAAGGAAAUUUAUUCUAUAUAAAAUGUUAUACAGCACCAGCAGAGAUAUUAUACGAAGAGAUAAAAUCACCAAUACAGGUGGUAAAGAUAGGAUUAACAAAAGAUAUGAAUAUUCCAGAAGAGAUAGAAAAACAAAAUGAGAUACCAGAAGUAGAAAUACCUAAUUUUUAUGCAAAUAAAAUAAUAACUGGUAUAGCUACGAUUAUACAAAAGCUAGCAAACAAUUAUUUAAAUGGCAAC